AUGCCUCUCCUUAUCGAAACACCGACCUUAGCCCGCACUGAUGGUUCUACCCAGAUCUCCCUCUUGGAAAAGCCAAUCGGCGAGUGUUUCCGGAGAGUGGUAAGCGCAUCCCAUGACCGGAUCGCCAUACAUAGCGGCACCCGUCACAUCACCUACGGAGAGUUGCACGCGCAGAGCGAUGCCUUUGCUGUGGGACUGAUCGAGCUCGGCAUUCGGGCUGGGGAUCGGGUGGCCCUCAGUCUGGGGAAUGGGAUCGAGUACGCCGUGGUUAUCCAUGCUUUGAACCACAUCACCGCGCGAUGCUUCAUCACCAGCACCGAGAUCAAGUUACCGCACAAAGACCCGCGUCUGACCAGCGAGCUCUUGCAGGAGAUCGCGACCAGUUCCGAUCCCAGCACCCUCUCCACCACCGUCCCUUCUCUGCAGCACCUGCUCCUCAUUGACAACUCCGCAGGUCGGGUCGAUGCCACCACACUCCCCGUCACCGCCGACUAUGAGGCCCUGAUCCUCGCGCACGGCAGCCAACGACUGCCACCGCAGGACCAACUGGGCGUCGAGGACUUGGCCAAUCUGCAGUUCACGUCCGGUACAACCUCCGCCCCGAAGGCCGUAUGCCUGACGCAUCGCAACAUUUUGAACAACGCCUACCUGGUGGGCCAAGGCAUGGAACUGACUGCGGGAGAUGUCGUCUGCUGUCCCCCGCCGCUGCACCACUGCUUCGGCCUGGUGCUUGGCCUUCUGACUGCCAUGGUUCACGAGGCGACUCUCCUGCUGCCAUCCCCCAGCUUCGAUGCGCGGGCCACCCUCCAGAGUAUUGCUGAACAUAAUGCCACCGUGUUAGUCUUCCAAAAGUCGGCCCUUCGACACCUCCGCACGGGCAUUAUUGGUGGCAGCCCCAUCGCCCCUAGCCUGCGCCUUCGACUCCACCAACACAUGAAUCUUUCCGGUUUAACCAACUGCUACGGCCUCACCGAAGCCUCGCCCAUUGUGUGCAUGACGGGGGUCCUGGACUGCCUCGACAAACGUCUCACGUCCGUCGGGCAGGUGCUGCCCCACACGGCGAUCCGCAUUGCUGACCGCAACACCCCCACGCGCACACUCCCCCGCGGGGACCACCAGCGCGGGGAACUGCAGAUCAGCGGUUACGCCGUGAUGGCCGGAUACUGGAAUGCGCCAGAGGAGACGGCACGGACCCUGUUGGUGGAUGAGGAGGAAGUUGAUCCGCAGACGCAGCAGAAACGAAUCUGGCUGCGCACGGGGGACGAGGCGACCAUGGGGGUGGACGGCACGAUCCGCAUCACCGGGCGCAUCAAGGACAUCAUCAUCCGCGGCGGAGAGAACAUCUACCCUGGCGAGAUUGAGGAUGCCUUGCUGACCCAUCCGCAGGUCGCCAAUGUCGGUGUCGUUGGGCUGGCGGAUGCCACGUAUGGGGAGGUGCCAGCCGCGUUUGUAGUGUUGCGCGUUGAGACGCCGCCGGAAGAGUUGCGGGCGUGGGUGCGCCAGAAAUGUCCUGGGGCCAUGGUGCCAAAACAUGUGUUUGCAGUAGACCGGUUGCCUUUGACGGCGAGUGGGAAGUUAGAGAAGUAUAAAUUGCGCGAGAUGGGAGAACGGUGGCUGCAGUAG